GCGUGCGCUUUGCCUAGGCUUGGUAACGGCCAAAGUAUGCUUGCUGUAUAGCUAGCUUGACAAUUACUUUCACCGAAAGGGACACCGGGACAUUUGCUGCUUAUGACUCUCGCAAAACGUCAGUGCUUACUGGAAAGAUGACUUGGGCCGAUUAACCUUACUGUAAGGGCCGAAGUUCCUCCUAAGCGAUGCGGCAAGACGCAUGCAGCCAUGGGCCAAAUUUCGCAGCCCAACGCCCUGGCCUGGCGUCCAAGCCUGGCCAUAGAACGCUGGAGCAAAUACACGAGAUUGCAAACUUUCUACUGCAGCAGGCCUUCUUUGCGGGGUUCGAACGCGACCAGCUAUUAGCAAUCGCAUAUUUCGUAGUCUCCAAGCACGCAGAACCCGGCGAAUGCGUGCUCAGCAAGGACCAGCCCCUGGAGCAGUGGUGCCUCCUACUCGAGGGCGGCGUCGCCGUCACGCGCUACUCCGCCCGCCGCGGCUGCGAGCAGACCACCAGCGGCCUCACCGCUGACGGCAGCUGGAGCGAGGUGGCGCUGCUUCACUCCAGCCACCCGCGCCGCAGCUGCAUCACGGUGGUGGGCGGGCCGCAGGGCUGCGUGACGCUGCAGCUGCGGCACUCGGACUUCAAUGCGCUCACCGACCCGCGGCACAACUUGACGCUGGUGCCGCCGGAGGGAACGUACCCACUGGUGCAGCCAGAGCUGCCCAUGCAUCAGCGCCGCGCCGCCGCCCACGCGCUGCUGUGCUGCUGCAUCCGCCGGCUGGCCUCAGCACGCGCCCCUGCCGUACGCACCCCAGAGGAGGCCGCCGAGCUGGAGCCCUUCCUGCUGGCGCUCCCUGCCUACGCCACCUACCCCGCUGAGCUGGCGUCCUGUCUGGCGGCGAGCUGCCGUACACUCAGGCUGCCGCCGGGGGGUCUUGUGUACGAGAAUGGCACGCUGGCGGAUGCAGCCGUGACGGUC